AUGGGUUGGUUUUGGGCAGAUACUCAGCGGCCGGCCGCUGUUCCCGUUGAUGCUGCUACCACUACUUCACCGGCACCUCCACCAGCAUGCCCGAUGCACAAAUCAGGCGCUUCGUCUCCCUUCGAAGCACCUACACCAAGCGCCUGCCCAGUUAAAAGAUCUCCCAACUCCCCAUUCUUCGUCCCCCCAGCAGAAAGCCAGCCGCAACAGCAGGAACAACCAGCGCAAGCUACAAGCGGCAAAUCAAGAAUAAACCCUCUUAAUUAUAUGUUCUCAUUCAUCUCGCAAGAACGCGCUCCAAGCCAAACAGUCGAUCUUCCCGUCGAGCGCGAAAUCUCGUCCAUCCCGCGCGCCGACAACUCCCAUGAAAAAUGGGAAUACCCCUCUCCGCAACAGAUGUAUAACGCAAUGCUUCGCAAGGGGUACACCGACACCCCUCAGGAUGCGGUAGAGUCCAUGGUCGCAGUGCACAAUUUCUUGAACGAAGGCGCCUGGGCUGAGAUCGUGGAAUGGGAACAGAUUUUCGCCAAGGGCCUCACGAGUGGAUGGGAGAAAUGCAGAAAGGGCAAUGAGAAUUUGGCGAUGGAGUUGGCCAAGGAGAGGUGGUUGUCUGAGCAUGGGAGUGAAGAGGAGCAGCCGCAGCCGUCUUUGGUGAGGUUUCAGGGGAGACCGCAGGAGUUGAGUCCCAAGGCGAGGUUUAUGCAGACGCUGGGGUGGUUGUAUCCUGCUAAAUUUGGGACUGAGCCUCCCUUCGACCGACACGACUGGUACAUCACUCGCCAAACCCCCUCCGGACCAAAAGAAGUUCGCUAUGUCAUUGACUACUACUCCGGCCCUCCCGAACCAAGCGGCGAACCUGUCUUCUUCCUCGACAUUCGUCCCGCCGUCGACACGCCCACUGCAGCUGUUGAGCGUCUGAUGCGCUGGGGCGGCGAUGUCUGGUAUAGGGCUAGCGGUGCCCAAGCACGAGAGAAUCAAUGA